AAUUGAUAUGAUGACCUCCUAUAUAUAGAGGUCAAUGCUAUAUAAUACUAGGUUUAUGUUCUAUUCAUAUUCAGUACUAAGUAGAGGAGAGUAACAGGUGUUUAACAUAAAAUUUUUAUAUCCACGCAUGCCCAAAAUGUUGAAAUUGGGUGCGAUUUGUAGCGGUGUAUUUCUGUGUAUCGCGUUUUUAGUUUAUCUACAAGGUUGUGACUGUGCAACAACAAAUAGAAGACAGCAGUUCUCACAGCCAACCGGAUUCACAAGCAGACCUAAUCAACAGACCGGCAAAAAAGUGAAAUUGAUGGACCCCGCUUUUGAAAAUGCCGGCCAACAAGCUGGCCUUCAAAUCUGGAGAAUCGAGGAUUUCAAACCAGUUGCUUAUCCUAAAAAUCAAUAUGGAAAAUUGUACACAGGAGACUCAUAUAUUAUCCUAAAUACAAAAAUACGAAAUAAUGGUGCCAAGGAAUACGAUCUACACUUCUGGUUAGGCUCCGAAACUAGUCAGGAUGAACAAGGUUCUGCCGCCAUAUAUACUGUCCAGUUAGAUGAACAACUCAAUGGAGAGCCCAUUCAACAUCGAGAAAUUCAAGAUCAUGAGUCUCAAUUGUUCUUGUCGUAUUUCAAGAAUGGUGGGAUUAGAUAUUUACCUGGAGGUGUUAACUCGGGUUUCCACCAUGUUGAUUCUAAUGCCGUUGAAAAAAGACUUUUCCAUGUUAAAGGCUCCAGAAAUAUUAGAGUUAAACAAGUCACUCCUACAAUUGCUUCGAUGAACACCGGUGACUGCUUCAUUCUUGAUAUUGGAAAAGAUAUUUAUGUUUACGUGGGAACUAAAGCUAGAAGAGUAGAACAACUAAAGGCUAUUAACGCGGCCAAUCAAAUUAGAGAUCAAGAUCAUGCAGGCAAAGCUAAAGUAACUAUAGUUGAUCUGUAUAGUCCAGAAAGUGACUACAUCCAUUUCUUUGAAGCCUUAGGAGAAGGCUCCAAAGACGAGGUACCGGAUGAUACCACAAGCAGUGAUGAUGAAAGUUUUGAGAGAACAGAAGAAGCACUUGCUACUCUUUAUAAAGUUUCUGACGCUACUGGAUCUUUACAAGUUACUAAAAUUGCACAAAAACCUUUAUCACCGAACUUAUUGGACCCCAAUGACUGCUAUAUUUUGGACACAACAGAUGCGUUGUUGUAUGUAUGGAUCGGAAGCCAAUGUGAUGCUAGAGAAAAAAAAGAGGCAAUGAGUAAGGCAGAUGGAUUUCUCAAUUUACACAGCCAUCCAAAAUGGACACACGUUGAAAGGAUCGUGCAAGGAGCUGAGCCUGCUGCUUUCACACAAUAUUUCAGGUCAUGGCAAGGAUUUGGGGAGACACAUCCAAGAUUGCUACGUUCUAUAAGCUCUUCUGCACGUCUGUAUCAUUGUCAAAUUCGUUCUAGAUCCCACAGGUUGAAAGUUGAAGAAAUUAAACGCUACGAACAAGAAGAUCUUUAUGAUGAUGAUAUUAUGAUACUGGAUGCCAACGAUAUUAUUUUCGUCUGGAUAGGAAAAGGUGCUAGUGAUGAAGAACGUGCUAAGGGACCCAAAUAUGCACAUAAAAUGUUGUCCCGGCAAGGUCGUGAGGAUAUUCCCAUAAAAGAAAUUAACCAAGGUGAUGAACCUGAGGAGUUUAUCAAACAUUUUCCAGCCUGGGCACCGGAUUAUUGGGAUAAUAUGCCUGAUGUAAGGAGUUUCAUCAAAAAUGAGAGAGAAUUAGAAUCUUCAUAAUUAUUUUGUGUACCUACUAACUGAGUGUUAAUAAUAACUGAAGAUAUUUAUCAUCAACGCCAAUGAUAAUUUAAGGGCUUUAUUUGAAAUAAUAAUGGAUACAUUAUACAUUUACUGGUUCUUAACACUAUAUUAUUGAUAAUAUUUUGUAUAGGUAUAUAUAUUUAGUUUGUAACAUUUUAAAGCGAUUAAUACUUAUAAAAAGCUAUAUGAAAUGAUUUUUAAAA